GCCGAGCGCGCCGCCCCCGCCCCCGCCCCGUCUGCGCGUCCUCCCGGGGAGGGGUCGGGGGGCGCGGCGCCCCACAUAACACUCCCCCUCCUGCGCUCGGAGCCACCCCUCUCCCCUCCCUCCUGCAAACACCGCCGCCUCCCCUGCCACCGCCGCCACCUCGCCUGACGCUCCGCAGCUCGCCGCGGCCGGGGGGCGGUGCGCGGACCGUGCGCGCCAGGGGCGCCAGAUGUGCAGUCGCCGCUGCCGCCAGUGACCGAGCCGCAGCCCGAGCGGGAUCGGGCCGCCUCCCCGAUGCUGCGGGGGCGACCUUGAGCGCGCCCCGGCUUCCUCGGCGGGGACCCCGACACCGCGAGCGCCGUGUCCGGUCCUGCCCUCUCCAGCCCGGCUCGCCCCGCGUUCGGACAUGGAGGGGGCCGCUGCGCCCGCGGCCGGGGACGGCCCAGACUUGCGGCCGGGGGCGCCGGGCUCUCCCCCGGAGGCGGUGGCGGGGGCAACCGCCGCCCCCGCGGUGGCGGCGGCCCCGGAGCCCAGGAAGCCGCACGGGGUGAAGCGGCAUCACCACAAGCACAACUUGAAGCACCGCUACGAACUGCAGGAGACCCUGGGCAAAGGCACCUACGGCAAAGUCAAGAGGGCCACCGAGAGGUUUUCGGGCCGAGUGGUUGCUAUAAAAUCCAUUCGUAAGGACAAAAUUAAGGAUGAACAAGACAUGGUUCACAUCAGACGAGAGAUUGAGAUCAUGUCAUCCCUCAACCAUCCUCAUAUCAUCAGUAUUUAUGAAGUGUUUGAGAACAAAGACAAGAUUGUGAUCAUCAUGGAGUACGCGAGCAAGGGGGAGCUGUACGAUUACAUCAGUGAGAGGAGACGCCUCAGCGAGAGGGAGACCAGACACUUCUUCCGCCAGAUCGUCUCCGCCGUGCACUAUUGUCACAAGAACGGUGUGGUCCACCGGGACUUGAAGCUGGAAAACAUACUGCUUGAUGAUAACUGCAAUAUUAAGAUUGCUGACUUUGGGCUUUCCAACCUGUACCAGAAGGACAAGUUCUUGCAAACAUUUUGUGGGAGCCCGCUCUACGCUUCUCCUGAGAUUGUCAAUGGGAGACCUUACCGGGGGCCAGAGGUGGACAGCUGGGCCCUGGGCGUGUUGCUUUACACCCUCGUUUAUGGAACGAUGCCCUUCGAUGGUUUCGAUCACAAAAACCUCAUUCGGCAGAUCAGCAGUGGAGAGUAUCGGGAGCCCACGCAGCCCUCAGACGCUCGAGGACUCAUUCGGUGGAUGCUGAUGGUGAACCCCGAUCGCCGGGCCACCAUUGAGGACAUCGCCAACCACUGGUGGGUGAACUGGGGCUACAAGAGCAGUGUCUGUGACUGUGACGCACUGCACAACUCUGAGUCACCGCUCUUGGCUCGCAUUAUCGACUGGCAUCACCGUUCCACGGGGCUGCAGGCCGAGGCUGAAGCCAAAAUGAAGGGCCUGGCCAAACCCGGGGCCUCAGAAGUCAUGCUGGAGCGGCAGCGGUCACUGAAAAAGUCCAAGAAAGAGAAUGACUUUGCCCAGUCUGGCCAGGACUCGGUGCCCGAAAGCCCAUCCAAGCUGAGCUCCAAGAGGCCCAAAGGGAUCCUGAAGAAGCGGAGCAACAGUGAACAUCGCUCCCACAGCACGGGCUUCAUCGAAGGCGUGGUCAGCCCUGCCUUGCCCUCUGCUUUCAAGAUGGAGCAGGACUUGUGUCGGACUGGUGUGCCCCUCCCAAGCUCCCCCGAGGCAGAGGUGCCGGGUAAACUCAGCCCCAAGCAGUCGGCCACGAUGCCCAAGAAGGGCAUCUUGAAGAAAACCCAGCAGAGAGAAUCGGGGUACUAUUCUUCCCCAGAGCGCAGCGAAUCUUCCGAGCUGUUGGACAGUAACGAUGGGCUGGGCAGCAGCAUCCCAUCCCCCAGUCCCCCAGACCCAGCCAGGGGCACUUCCCACAGCCUCUCCUGCCGCAGGAAGGGCAUCUUGAAACACAGCAGCAAGUACUCAGCAGGGACCGUGGACCCGGCCCUCGUCAGCCCCGAAAUGCCCACACUGGAAUCCUUGCUGGAGCCCGGCGUCCCCGCCGAAGGCCUCUCCCGGAGCUACAGCCGGCCCUCCAGCGUCAUCAGUGACGACAGCGUCCUGUCCAGCGACUCCUUUGACUUGCUGGACUUGCAGGAGAAUCGCCCUGCCCGCCAGCGCAUCCGCAGCUGCGUCUCUGCUGAAAACUUCCUCCAGAUCCAGGACUUUGAGGGGCUCCAGAACCGGCCGCGGCCCCAGUACCUGAAGCGGUACCGGAACCGGCUGGGAGACAGCAGCUUCUCCCUCCUCGUGGACAUGGACGAUGUGACUCAGGUCUACAAGAAAGCGCUGGAGAUCUGCAACAAGCUUAACUAGCUCCCCAGGGUGCAGGGGGUGGGUUGUGGGUGGGUUUUGGGGGAGGAAUGGGAGCAAUGACUUGUGCUUGUGAGCUGGUUACCUCUUUGCUGGCCACGAUGAUAGACUGAAAAAGGAUUGGUACCAUCUUGCUUGGCCAAGUCCGCAGCCUGGCGCCAGCACCUGAAAGGGAGAAGUGGGUUCUCUGCCAGUCCUGCCAGCUGCCAGUCAGAAUUUGGGUCCGAAUUGGCAUUUACUUUGAGGCACCUCUCGGAGGACCGGCUGUCCGGGGGAGGUGGUGGUGGCCAGCGCUAAGAGGGUGGGGAAGAAGCAUAUGGGAGCGGGGGCAUCUCCCUAAACAUUAUCCAAAUGCUUCUGGAGGAGGGGCAAGAGAGCCUGGGGCCGUCUGCUUGGGGUGAGCUCAGAGCUUGCUUCUCUCCUCCUCACAUUGGCAGGCUUGGUCUGACUGCAUGGGGUCGGCAAGUAGAUUUCAGCAACCUGAA